AUGGAGCCGCCGAACGAGAUGAUUUCGAGGAGGAUGCCAAUGACCCAGAUUUCGUCCUUCUCUGUGUUGGAAGGUUUUGGGAGGAAGCUCAAGGGGAGGGACCUUAGCAAAGUCAGGAACGCCAUUUUGACCAGCAUAGGGUUUCUUGAAUCCCCCUGA